AUGUUAGGGCGCUUUGUCUUUUAUCCACCCAGCCCGCCGCCAUCGGCGCUUCUAAUACGGUGCCGGAGCGAGAUGAGCCUGAUUCGGCAGGAAGAUGCGGUGAUUUACUAUCUGCACAUCAAAUACAGUUCCCUACAAGGUGCUUCUGCAAGCUCGGGCAGACCCUUGACGAUUCUUUACAGUCAUGGAAACGCAGAGGACUUGGGUAGUUGCUAUGAAACCCUUGUGGUUUUGGCCCGCGCGGUGGGCGUUGACAUUGUUGCGUAUGACUAUUGUGGCUAUGGCUUUUCAAGGGCGAAGGGCCAGAGUGAGCCAACAGAGGAGCGGGUUUAUGCGGACGCAGAUGCCGUGUUUGAGGAACUCACUGAACGUCUUCAUAUUGAGCCUUCCAGAAUUGUUCUCAUGGGACGCUCGAUGGGCGGUGGGCCUGCCUGCUACUUGGCUUCGAAACAUCACUCUGUCAUCGGUGGGCUUAUCCUGCUUUCCACCUUUACCUCAUGUUUGGGGGCGGUAAACUGCUCCUUCUUGCGCUACCUGUGUUUUCGGGACAUGUUUCCUAACGAAAAAUUUCUACAGGAUGUUGGUGACUGCCCCGUGCUCAUUAUGCAUGGGAAAAACGAUAGCGUCGUUUCCUUUAGCUGCGCAGAGCGAUUAUUGGCGAUCGUCGAGCGGGCGCAGAAACGUCUCAACAAGGGAAGGACUGUGAGCCACUAUUGGUUUAAGGGAUGCAACCACAAUGAUAUUGAGUUGGUCUGCAUGAAUCUAUUGGGCCGUGUCCUUAACGCCUUCUUGGAGCGCGUGACGAGUUACAACGCAACUAGGCAUAUUCUGCCCUUGGUCGGUUAA